UCGCAGCAGCGAGACAUCAAGAGCGGCUCCCGGGCUUUGUUUUGUGGAUGUGAAUGAGCUCCAUCACCUCCUUCAGAAAUGUGGACGGAUAUAAGGACGUUGGUACUUUUUCAGUCAUUAGUACUGAGGCUUCAUUUCUCGGAAGCAACGGAUGAGUGCGAGGAUGGACAGUUUCAGUGCAACAACAAAAGGUGUAUACCGAUCAUCUGGAGGUGCGACGACGAUGACGACUGCUCAGACAACAGUGAUGAAGAAAACUGUCCCAAGAAGACAUGUGCCCCCGCAGAGUUUGCCUGCUUAAAUGGCCAGUGUGUCCCGGGACGUUGGCGAUGCGACGGGGAACCAGAGUGUCCCGAUGGCUCUGAUGAGGCGGAGGAGACCUGCAGCAAACAGACGUGCCCCCCAGAGAAAUUUGACUGUGGGGGAGCCACCAACAAGUGUGUCUCGUUAUCAUGGAGAUGUGAUGGGGAGAAAGACUGUGAGAAUGGGGCGGACGAAGAGGACUGCGCGUCUGAUGCCAAAGCCUGCCCCACUGGAGAGUUCAUGUGUGCCAACCGCAAGUGCUUGGCCAGCGGCUUUGUGUGCGAUGGUGAUGACGACUGUGGAGACGGCAGCGAUGAGCUCAAGUGUACCUCUCCUCUAACCUGCGGGCCAAACCAUCUCCGCUGUAACACUUCCGAGUGUGUCCCUCUCAUGUGGAGCUGUGAUGGAGACCCCGACUGCUCUGACAGUUCAGACGAGGGACCUGAGCGCUGUGGCGGUGACGGCGUCCCAUACUUGCCUAACCGCCGGGCAAACUGCACUGCUGGGGAAUUUCGCUGUGCCAACGGAGAGUGUGUGCGACUGACCUGGAAGUGUGAUGGAGAUCCAGACUGCAAGGACAAGUCUGAUGAGUCUGACUGCCCCCUGUUGACAUGUCGCCCUGAUGAGUUCCAGUGCGGUGACGGUUCCUGCAUCCACGGCACCAAGCAGUGUAACAAGGUCCACGACUGUCCUGACCACAGCGAUGAAUCUGGCUGUGUCAACGCAACCAAAUGUGAAGGACCCCUGAAAUUUCUGUGUAAGAAUGGAGAGUGCAUUGAUAGCUCCAAGGUGUGUGACUCUGUCAAGGACUGCAAGGACCGAUCGGACGAGCCGAAGAAAGAGUGCGGGCUGAAUGAGUGCAUGAUCAACAAUGGCGGAUGCUCCCAUGUCUGCAUGGACCGACCAAUCGGCUUUGAAUGCCAGUGCCCCACAGGCUACCAGCUACUAGACAAAAAGACUUGUGGCGACAUCGACGAGUGUGAGAACCCUGACGCCUGCAGCCAGAUCUGCAUCAACUACAAAGGGGAUUUUAAAUGUGAAUGCUAUGAAGGUUAUGAGAUGGACCCCGUUACUAAGACCUGCAAGGCAGAAGGGAAGAGCCCUUACUUGCUGUUCACCAAUCGGCAUGAGAUCCGCCGCAUUGACCUGAUGAAGAGGGACUACAGCCAGGUGGUGUCCACCCAGAAGAACGCAGUGGCUUUGGACCUUGACGUUGCCAACAACCGUAUCUUCUGGUGCGAUCGCUUUCAUCGGAAAAUCUACAGUGCCUUCAUCCAUGAGGCCAGUGAUCCCUCUCAGCAGGUGCCACUAGUCGAUUCACUCCUGCAGACUCCCGUGGGUCUGGCUCUGGACUGGCUCCAACACAACCUGUACUGGGCCGACUCUGGAGACAAAUCCAUCUCUGUGGCCUCAGUGGAUGCCACCAAGAGACGAGUCCUCAUCAACACAGAUCUGAGUGAACCGCGGGCAAUAGCGCUGGAUCCCCACCACGGCUUCAUGUACUGGUCGGACUGGGGCACACGAGCCAAGAUUGAGAAGGCCGGGAUGAAUGGGGUGGACCGACAGGUGCUGGUCGCUGAUAACAUUGAAUGGCCCAAUGGCAUCACUCUAGAUGUAGCCAACAAGCGCCUGUACUGGGUGGAUUCCAAGCUGCACCUUAUAGCCAGUGUGGACCUGAACGGAGCUCACCGCAGGACGCAUAUGUCGUCUGCAGAGAGACUGGGACAUCCUUACGCUUUGGCUGUUUUUGAGGAUCGUAUCUACUGGACAGACAGAGACAGGGCGGCUGUCUUCAUGGCCAACAGGCUGACCGGUCAGGACAUCCACACGCUGGCAGAAAACCUUAACGACCCCCAUGACAUUGUGGUCUUCCACCAGCUCCGCCAGCCGCAAGGCCCAGACAGCUGUAAUCUGGGCAGUGUGGCCAACGGAGGCUGUGAGUACUUGUGUCUUAAGGCUCCGCAGAUUACCGAACACUCGCCCAAGUAUACCUGCGCCUGCCCCGACGGACAGGACCUGGGGCCUGAUAUGAGGGGCUGUGUGCCAGCAGCAACAAGAAUCGACAUGACAUCAUCCACCUCGCCUCCAACUGGAUAUACACCUCUUGCCGAGGACUUCCCACCUCCCUCAGGGGGAAUAUCACAGGCAGACGCCACCCCCCACCUGACCACAGCUCCCUCUGGUGCUCCCGAUCCCCUCACGCCCCUCUCUACUCUUAAGUCUGUGUCACCACAAGAGUCUAAGGCGCUGGGCUCCCACUCCACCGCCACAACUAUGGUCGUCUCCACCACGCCUGCAGGGGACAGCAGCGUCUCUCAACACUCUGGUAGCGAGCAUUUCCUCCUGGGCGAGAACCUGACAGUAGCUGUUUUGGGAGUGGUCAUCCCAAUCGUUCCUAUCAUUGCCACAGUGGUGUUUGGCCUGGUGUGCGCCGGAGUCUACCUGGUGUGGCGUAACUGGCGGCACAACUCCACCAAGAGCAUGAACUUCGACAACCCCGUUUACCGCAAGACCACGGGCGAAGGCGAGGAGGAUGAGAUCCACAUCGGGCGGACCGACGGCAUGGGGCACCACGCUCACCACCACCCUUACCCACAGGGCGUCAACAUGGGAGUUGUUGGAGCCGGAGGGGGCACCUGCCCGCAGUUUAUCGCCCUUCCACUCGGGGGCAGCAUGCCUGAUCCAGGGACUCACUGGUACACAGAGCAGCCCAUGCUCUCCACUGCGAAGUGACAAAUAAGAGCGGAAUCUGAAGAAGAUGACCGCUCAGGCACACGCACACACAGUGAGGUCAGGGGUGACUUGGGCUGAGUUUGCAGAAGGGACGAACAACAUAUCAUCAAAUGUUACAUGCAGACAUUCACAGCCGAUGUCCUAUGCCAAUUUUCCAUUUGAAAAGCAGCAGCAUUAAUAAGACUAACAUGAUUCUUUAAGAAAAUGUUUCAUAUCUUUUCUGCGCUGGAGCUGGAUCUACUUAUUCUCCAGUAAAUGUGGAGAAUUCAUUACCGAAUUAUUAAUGUGUUAUAACGUGUUCCCAGAUUUUACCUAAACUGUGGAGUCAGAGUGGCUCCUCUUUUCAGUCGUUUGCGUUGAUAACUGAGUGAGGUGCGUGUCAUAUUUUGUGAAGGGGCUAGUGAGAAGUUCUGUUUCAUCCUUGAUGUAUUAAUUUGGGCUUUUGGUUAUUCCUGGUGGGCCGCUGAGCUCUGGGAACACUGUUUAGGAAGGUGGAGCUCUGAAACUGGGACAGCAUUUGCGUUGAUGGGACAAUCUGUACAGAUUCAUCUUAGAAUCGAUCACAAAUGUCAUAGAUGUCAUUACUGGAGGUGUCCUUUGUAAGUUAUCGUUUUCCUGGAUGGGUUUUCUUUUGUAAGAUCUUUCCAUUCUCUGAUUAAAUACCACCCACAUUAUGUGUUUUCUCUGUGGUUCAGAGGAAAGCCUUUAAGGGUGAGCUGUCUCACAUUUCAGAGUGCAGUUGAUUCGAGAGGUCCUGUUUUUAUUUGACCUCCUAUACCCGAGAGUUUUAAGUGAGUGCAGCAGAGAAAUGGAAGAAAUGGAGACAUACAGCAUUUAAACCUUUGUUUCUAUGAGCAGAGAGGAUGUAGGUUCGGAGGGAAGUGUUUUAUUUUUACACAGGAGUUCUGUCUUCUUUGUUGUUUCUUGUUUAGGUGUUUAGCGGUUUGAGAAAAGCAAUAGACUGCAGCUUUUAGUGAGUCUGCAGUGUUACGUGGCUGACAAAGAUCCUCCAGUGUUAAGAAUUUCAUUUGAUCACCCGCUUUUGACUGUGACAAAUUCACACAUAAACACACAGGGGGUGCAGUGAUAGCAAAUUCACGCUGUUCUCCAGAGGUGCACUUGCCCUCCGAAAACACAAACAGCAUGCAUAAUUGCUCACAAGCCAACAAUGCAGCCAUUCAUUGUUCAAGGCAAGAUACACACACAUAAACACGUGCAUGCACGCACACAUUCACUAAAGCAAGCUGGAUUCCAAGCCUCCUCCCGACAGGGCCGAUAUCUGAGCAGACAGUUUUGGAUGGUGCCAUGUGGGAGGGCCCAGCUGGUGGCUGCAUGAUGAAAAAGAGCCUUCAUGUGAUGUAAACACAGAAAAUCAGACUCCGAUGUAAUGAGGUUAAGAUCAAAUUGUCCUAUCAGUGAUUCUGUUUCAUGCUGGUACAAUAUAGUCCCGUCAUUGACAGUUACUCCAUCCAUAAACCUUGAAAGUAUGUGUGUGUGUGGGUGUGUGCUUGUGUGUGUGUUCACUAUUAUGCAUGUGAGUGCCAACGUUCAUCCCACAGCCAUAUUUGAACUGUUUUGUAAGCUCUCUGUUGCACAACCCUCUUAGAAUGCCUUCUGUAUUGUGUAUUGCAUGGAAGAAAAGUGUAUGAAGGUGUGUGGAUACACAGGUAUGUAAGUGUGUGUGUGUGUGUGUGUGUGUUGUUGUUGUUGUAUGCGUGUAACAGUGUAUGACACUGGAGAAGCUUUGAGGGUGCUUUUUGAUUCAUUGUAAAUAUGUUUUCAUAGGGUUUUUGAUAAUGUAUUAUACAAUUAUGUAAAAGAGAAGCUGUAAAUAAGAUUUUAGAUAAAGUGUUGACAGGUAUAUUAAUUUAUUUGUAUAAAAGCAGAGCACUGCAUUCCCUGAUUGUAAGAAAU